CUGCUAUCCGCCGCGAAACCUCCCUAUCCGCAGCUGAUUUCAUUCUUCGUUUACCCCAUUUGUCCUCCCCCUCUCAUCCUUCCACUUUUCUUCACACCCCUUUUCCCAUCCCCUGAAUUGCCCUUGUAUUACCUGCACACCCACUUCUUGGACAAAUCGGGUGGAUAUUUACUAGUAUUCUAUGUGAACGUCAAUCUCACAGAAAUGUGCACUUCCACUUCAACAGAUUCCUCACCGCCCCAUAAUGCACUCACAAGUAUCAGGUUACAACUCAGUCAUCUAAAAGAAGGGCGGUUAUCGGAAACAACGACGGUCAAAAUGUUGUCCUUACUAAAGGCUUUGGCAAACGUUCAUGUCUUUCUCGGUAUAAUCAUGAUUGUGCUCAGUGGUUUGGCGGAUUAUGCAAGUACACGGAUAAAUACAAUUCGGUUACACGGGCUCGAGGAGAUUUGUUCAUUCUACUUUGUUCUUGUGGGGCUUGUCGGCAUCUGUGGAAGUGCUUCUUACCGUCGGGGACUUGUCAUCACGUACCUUGUCAUGUGCAUACAUUCCAUUUUUAUUUUCGUCCCAGCAAUCAUCACAGUUUCAAGUUUCGAUAUUCAUUUUUAUCAGCAUGAAUGCUGGGGUGAGUGCGACUGGCACUUGCUUGCCACGUCAUUUCCGUCGAACAGCAAGUGUCAAAUUAUGUGUGGCGAUCAUGUCGAUGACGCAAUGAGAAGAAGAAUGACUCGCCUUGGAACCGACUAUCGUCUCGAUGCCGGCCUCAUCGCCGCCGCGAUUCUCGAGUUCCUUCUUUCGAUCGCCACUUGCGUCGUUGCUUCAAGGACGCUAUUUUCACCAUUGAAGGAACUGGGCGAUCAAAGUGCUACCGGAGACCUUACUGUUGAGAUGCAACCAUUGAAUCAAUCGGAAGAAAACAACACGUAUUCGUCUUUGCCGAACGGAUCGACGCAAUAGAAACUGAAAAAUAGAGAUGAACAAUGGAAAAUCAAAGAUCAAAAUUCAAGUUCAACAUUGCAUAAUAUCAAAUCCAUGCGUAGUGCAUUUAAUCUCAUCGUAGAGCGAUAUUCAAUUCAUGUAUUUUAUUUAAAAUCCAAUAUCAGCAUUUCAUGAAAACCAAAAACAGAUUCUCAACAUUUACGGUCCGAAUAACGAAAUGGUAGUAAAUGUUAUUCGUUUUAAUUACCAUUUUUACUGGUUUAAAUGUCUCCAUUGUCUUUAUUGAUAAAUUUCCAGUCAUCAUUGCAAUAAAGGUGCAUCGCGUGAUUUUAAA